AUGGCUUCCUCGGUCCCCUCGAUUAGGACGCUUUCGAAGCUCGCGGUUGGCGGUGCGCAGGUGUUGCUAGGUGGCGGACAGGGUGUUCUUGGAGGGACUCCGGCAACAUGCUCAAAUCCACAGCUGAGCUGUCAUAACACGACAAUCGUUCAGGAUUUGUGCUGCUUCAAUGCGCCUGGCGGACAGCUGCUGCAGACCCAGUUCUGGGAUACCUCUCCCGCGACUGGACCCGACGAUUCAUGGACUAUUCAUGGCUUGUGGCCUGACCGUUGCGAUGGGACCUACGAUUCGAAUUGUGACCCUACCCGCGCAUAUACGAACAUUUCCGCCAUCAUCAAGUCCUUCGGGAAGACGGACCUCCUCAGCUACAUGAACACAUACUGGAAGGACUACAACGGUGACGACGAGACAUUUUGGGAGCACGAGUGGAGCAAGCACGGCACAUGCAUAUCCACGCUCGAGCCCGAGUGCUACUCAGACCACAAGCCCACCGAAGAAGUAGUAGAUUACUUCCAGAAGGUUGUCGACCUCUUCCAAUCACUACCCAGCUACGAGUGGCUUGCCGCAGCAGGCAUCACGCCAUCCACCUCCAAAACAUACACUACAGCUCAGAUCCAGGCUGCCUUGUCUGCUAAGCGACCAGGCGUGACCGUGACGCUAGGCUGCUCAUCAGGUGCGCUCAAUGAGAUCUGGUACCACUACGAUGUGCGCGGUUCUGUCCAAACGGGUGAAUUUGUAGCCGCCAAUCCCGAUGGCACCAAGUCCACCUGUGCCUCUACUGGUAUCAAGUACCUCCCCAAGAAUGGUGGCGGUAGCACCCCUACGGCUACCACCACUGGCUCCGGCUCUACGCCCACAAGCACUUCCACGCCAGGCACACCUUUCUCCGGCAAAGGAUACCUUAACGUUAACACUGGUGGUGCGCAGAAGGGCUGCAUCAUUUCGGCAGGCACGUGGUACACGAGCGGUACCUGCGCAACGUUCACUGCGGCGUCGAGCGGCAAUGGUUUCACGCUUACGAGCUCGAAGGGCAAGUGCGGUGUUGUAAGUGGAACGUUCACGUGCGGAAGCAGUGUUAGUACUGCAACGGCGUUCACGAGUUCGGAUGAAAAGUUGGCGGCUGGGGGAAACGCGGCAUGGAGUGCGGAUACAAUUGCGAGUGGGAGCACGCAGCAGGCGGUGUAUGCGGGAGCGGAUCAUAGUGCUGCUUUGGAAAUCGUGUGGCAGAGCUUGUAG